AUGCCACCACCACCCCCACCGCCCCGCCCCCUCCCCCCCUACACGCCCUUCCGCCACCUCGCCGCCUCCACACGCGCCCACGCGCACCCAACCGUCUACGACUCGGCCGUCGGCUACGGAGCGCCGCGCGUCUACUGGAGCGCUGCCGCCGCCACGUCCACCACUUCCUCCACCACCACCGCCUCCGCCACCGCCACCACCCCCACCCCCGACCACCACCUGCUGGCCAAAGACCCCUUCUACCGCAGCAGCAACUACCGGCUCGACGCCGUGUUCGAGUACGAGAGCCUGAUUGGGGGGUUCUUGCGGUUCGCGUGCGGGGAGGAGAAGAAUAGUGCGGUGGCGGCCGCGAGCGCCGGGGAUGACGAUGACGAUGACGACGGUGAGGGAGCGACGGAGAGGGUGUGGUUGAGGAGGGGGGAGGAGGUGGAGGCCGGGGAGGAGGGGAGGGAGCUGGUGAGAAGGUUGAGGGAGCUGUUUCGGUGGAUGGAGCAGGGGGUUUGUUUUCGGGGGUCGGUUGGCGGAACGCUGGAAGCGGAGGAGGUCAGGGGGAGGGUGUGGUUGCAUGGGGCGGUGAGGGGGUUGAAGGAUAAGAUGUGGGCUGGAAUGCCGCCCAUGUCCGUCCAGCGCUGGGAGAGGCGCGGGCUCAGUUUGUUGGAAUACGAGUACGAGGCGUUGGAGCUGCUGAGCAAGACGCUGGCCGUUUUCGAGUACCUGAACGACCCGUCGGUGCAGCAGGCCAUGCGGUUGGCGCAUAACCGCAUCACCGAGCACAUUGAACGCUUCGCCAAGGGGGUCAAUGAGAAGCGGCGCCGGACCGGACAGCCGACGGUACCGGUUCUGGAGCUCUGGGACGAGUAUACCAAGGCUUUCUUCGACGACGUCGCCGUUAGAGCACACGGUUGGAUGAUUGGCCGCAUCAAUGCCAUGAGGGAGGCCCAGAAGAAUGCCUUCGACAUUAUGAAGGCUCAGGAGCCCCAACUUGACGCUCAAAAUACCAAGAUCCUGGGCCGGCUGUCGAGACUCGUCGACCUCGAGCGCGACGUGGACUACAACUUCCGCAUUUCGCGCUAUGGCUUCACCAGAACCUCCUCCAACGCCUCAUCUGGACAGACCUCGAGUCCUUCGCCAGAAAAAUUCAAAGCGGAAAGGCUCAAGAUGCAUGAUGCGGCCGAGGCAGGUUUGGGCAUAUUUGCGGACGGAAUCACGAGCAUGAGGCAUGCCAUGGGCGUCGGCCCGUUCCCUUUCCAGAGCGAGUACUACAUGGUCCUCAACGACCAAGCGGAUGCAAACAAAGCAGUGAGAGGCAAGGACCUGAAGAAGCGGACAAGACUGUAUGGGCCGCCGUCUCAAGACCCGAAACCGGAACCAUGGGUGCAGCAACUGACAAAGCGGCUUCAAAAUCCUGAUGAUGAAAUAGAUGGGUUUGGAUUCGUCGUUUAUCGGUGGAAAGAGUAUGACGGCGUUGCUUGGGAGAAGCUGGAAGCAGCCGUCACGGGAGACCUGAUGAACUGGGGAGAGCAAAUGGCCGGCGCCGACAACAUCAAGCCCAAAGCGAAGCUGCAGUGGAUUGAGAUGGCCGGUCCCGACAUGGACAACUAUAGAACGCACUUCAAAUCCCUCCGCGAAAGCGGUCAGCUGAAGCCCGGGAUGCGCAGCGACGUCUUCCUGGUCAUCGACCCGCGCGCCGCCAACGCCUGGUUCCCGCGGCACCCCUCGGCCGAAAGCGCUCUUGCGUAUGCAGAGCGACAUCUGUUCCGAGGCCACGUUGGCAUCUCAACCAUGUCCAGCACGCGCAGCACGGCGCUGGGCGCGAUGCCGACCGACUUCGAGCCGUGGGUGCUGGCGGUAGACGCCGACUUCCCCCGGCCAACCGCUCUCUCCAGGCCGCCGCUGUAUCUCGGCUGGGUGCGGGUGCAGUCGUCGCUGGUGUUCGAGGAGCUGUACGGGCUGGCGGCGAGCGGGAUGCCGCAGCUGGAGGAGCUGUGGAAGAUGGCGGCGUCGCAUCCAUGCGCGGUGUGCACUGGGGUCGCCGUCACCGAGGUCGAGAUCAGGCGGUUCUGCGAGUGGACCGAGCUGCGCAACAAAACACUCAGCUGGGUGCUGCGCCGGCCGGACGCGCUGUUCUACGGCGGGAGAUAG